UCCAACCACACAGUCACUGCUCCUCAAGUGACAGUUCACACCUAUACGAAGCCUUGAAGUGAUCACAAGAGCUUGAGAAUUAAGAGGGGAGGCAGAUAAUGCACUGAGGGAACAUCGUUGAAAAGAAGCUAUUGCAGGAGUAAGUUGUGACCACAGGAAACCACACUAACUUCAGAAUGAUGACAAUAUUUAUCUACUGAGAAAGAAGAACAAAAUGUCAUCCACAAAGAAAAACAUGAAAACCAUAAAACAUUGAUUGGAUUGGAGAUGCUAGAAUCAUGUUUUCUAUGAUAUCUAUUUACCUGGAAUUGUAUCCUGAUUGAGAACUUAGAGAGCAGCCUUCUUGUGAAUGGAACAAAUGGGGCCAUGCCUGACCUUGAAGAUUUCCUAUCAUCUCCUGAGAAGUGCUUUGCUGCACUCCUGGGAUGCAUCCUCCUGAUUUCUAAAGCCUCCAUGCUGGCUACGAUGGUUGCUGUGAUUCUCGUUUUUCAAGAAAAAAAUGAAAAGGAGAAAGUGCUGGAAGACCUCAGGAAAGCUCACAUUACACAAAAUGACAGCUCUUUACAGAAACUUUUGACAAAUGUGACUUCCGAAUACAACAUUCUUAAAAGUAAAAUGGAUCAGGAAAAAAUGGAUCUGGAACUGUGUUUUGAGAACAGAAGUCAUAGAAAAGAUAAAAUCUUUGCAAAACCUUUGGAAAAUAUAGGGAAAACUUGUGAAGUGUACUUGACCUGCUAUGGAGUAAAGUGUUAUUAUUUUAUCAUCGAUAAUAAAACCUGGGAGAAAUGUAAGCAGACUUGUCAAAAUCAAGGAUUAUCCCUUUUGAAGAUAGACGAUAAAGAUGAACUGGUCUUCCUUGUAUCCCAGAUUUAUCCAAAGAAGUACUGGAUUGGGCUAUUUUUUGACACAAGGGAAAAGAGAUGGAAGUGGAUGGAUGCUGGCCGCUCUUCUGGAAUUAAUGUUACCAUAAUGAAUAAACCUCCUACGGAUGGAAAAUGUGCAUUUUUAACUUCAGCAAGAAUAUCAGAUAUGCCCUGUGAUAACGCCUACUCUUGUGUCUGUGAAAAGAGAAUGGAUGCUACUUUCCCUGCCUCGAUGUGCAGGAAGGAAGAAAGGCCUUAGUCUGUUAUGGAGAUGAGCCCGAGAGGGAAGAAAACGUUCUUUUGGAACAUGACUUCAGAGGUCAGAAGCCACUGUUCUUCCUGCAGAAGAGGUGGAGACUGUGUCUUUGGGAGCCGCUUCCCUUUUCUUUGAUCACCUUGAAAAAUUAGUAUUUCUGUACCUGAACUACUUACCGGACAAAUUAAAGAACCUUGAAAAGCA